AUGGAUAUCCACGCGCUGAACAAUCCUCGAAAUCCACGAUAUGCAGCGCUUCCAGAAUACGCCGAUAGUCCUGAUCCGGAGGUAGCUGGAGGACAACAUAACACACAUCAGCCUUCUUCAAUGGCAGAUAACGAUGGUCAUCGGCCGGUUUCCGAUGACGAGAGACUCGAAACCAAAACCGAUUCAAACCGUUCCAAGACUCGUGGACUAGGCCUCGGUAAUAUAGUUGGACAUCCUUCUCAAAUUAAAAGAGUCCCAGUUGGGAUAACAAGAUCAACCACUACAGAAGGGCUUCUCAGUCCGGCUUCACUAUCGCCAGCUAACUUUGCUCGCGUGGCAAGCCAGGAGAACGUCUCAUUUGGUCAUGCGGGCAAGACGGCAGAGUUCUAUAAUAUACCAAGUUACCAGGCUUCCUCUGCCUACCUCGGACCUUCAACGCCUGGCAGCUUACACUCAGACAUGGGGUUACUUCCAUCACCGAGGAAGGUCGACGCCGCAUGCCCUACGCAGAGGGACAUUCUUACAAGUCCUUGGUCGUGGAUUUCAGCACCUCUUAUACUCCUAGCAAUCUACUCAACCGUGUUUUCUGGUAUCUUCCUUGGGAUUGCGCUAGCAAAGCCGAGAUGGGGCGACAAGGUCGGCACGAACGGACACUUGUCGUUUGCAAAUGCUUCAUUGCUCAGUGCCAUCUUCUCCAAGACCGUCGAGAUAUCGUUUGUCACCGUAUUCGUUGCUUUGUUGGGUCAAGUCCUGACACGACGUGCGUUCUGGAGGGCGAAUGGGACGGGUGGCAUCAGCAUUGCUGAGAUGAACAUGAGGACAUGGAUCAUGCAGCCAGGCAGUCUUUUGGUCGGCUGGCAGUCUGUUCGAUACGCCAAUUCAAUUAUUGGUGCCACUGUGUUGAUCAGUGCCUUCAGCACUACCUGGUAUACCACUGCGAGCGAAGCACUUGUAUCGCCCAAGCUUAAAUUCGGACCCAUCCAAGAGCGAAGUCUUUCAGGGCUCGUGAGAGCAUCUUACGCAAAUGCCAUGUAUCUUGGAUACACUUGCGAAGUCCCCUUUGCAACAACCGAAGUCGAUGACUUCAAGAACUCAACCUGCCUCCAAAUAAAACACGCAGGGAUGGGGUUCUCCUUCCUGUCGUCAUUUCUUAGAGACUGGACAGAGAGUGUUGCGGCAGGCAAUACCACAGACAGUGCGAGCAGCUUCGAUCAUCGUCCGUUGCCUGUGGCCGUUCUGUACGAUAAUACAACUGUCAAUGGCCAGUGGAUCACUCCGAGCCGAGAAAAUAUCACGACUGAUUCGACUACUCACGGUCGGCUUGUGGAGAAUGUGACUAUGGCCAUGCCACACGCAGGCAUUUUCAAGGCUGUCAGAGAAAAGAGCAACCAUAUUCUUCAACCUAAUGAUCUUCAGGGCGCAGGAGAAUAUAUUGUUCAAGCCUCCUUACCAGCACCCAUCGUCAACAUUCUUUGCGUGGGUUUAUCUGCAGAAGAGCUCAGUCCGAUGAUUGUCAAUGUGACCAAUGUUACCACUUACGUGCCCAAUGCUACGGUCGUCGAUAGUAUCUUUGGUUUUGAUCCUGACGCAGAGGUUAAGACUACCCCUUUCUUCCCAAAAAUCCCCAUCGAGUAUAAUACUAUUGUCCACAUACCCUCAGUCUGGGGUCCUCCCGCGAUCUCGUUGCUCGCCACACCUCCGAAAGACACUACCACCAACGAACAUGUUCUUUGCACCAUUAAGUCAGCAUUAUAUCGCAAUUGUACUACUUAUUAUAAGGUUGCACAAUCUGGGGGUCUGCUUACGGUCCACUGUGACGAUGAUAAGCGCAAUACGCUACCUUACUAUCGAACAAGACCUGAUGCGCCAAUUGGAGUGUGGAAUAGUGAUUGGAAGGAUAUUGGAGGUGAAUGGAUCAGAUCACUUGCCUUGAACAAUGGAGUUUCUGAUGCAAAUGCAUCAUCAGCUCGAUUGCUUACCCAGUAUAUCCCUGAAUAUGACAGAGACACACCGACUACUCUCCCAACGACCAAACCAACCAUUGGCGAAGCACUUGGCGUUCUUGCUGGGGGCACCCUCUUGCUCGCGAGCCAAGACGGUCCUUUUGAGCAUGAUUGGAAUUAUACCGAGACAACACUUUCCGAACCUCAAUAUCAGAGUUUCCCAGCUAUGUAUACUUACAAAGACUAUGCUUCAGGUGGAACACAAGGUUGGCAAUCGCUGUUUUAUGUUGUACUCUCUACAACAUUCCUCCUCAGUGCUACCGCCUUGGGAUACUUGUGCUGGAAGUUCACAACAGAAGGCUAUGUGACCGAUUAUACCGAGCCACAAAAUCUUUUCGCUCUUGCAGUGAACUCUCCGCCCAGCACUUCAUUGUACGGCGCAUGUGGAGGUGGACCAAAGGGUGAGGUGAUCGCUCGCAAGUGGACGGUCGACAUGACGAAUACCGAUGGUGAUCUAGAAGGCUUUCAGUAUCAACCACUCAGCAGUACUGGCCGACAUCCUCAUUUCUCCAUCAGAUGUACAGACGAAGAACUCAGCCCUAUGAUCCACCAUACACCUGGGACGCCCCAAACAACAAAACGUGCAAAAUUUAGGCGCACUCGACCACCGACCAUGAACGAGUCUUGGGGUCUCGGAUCUCCUGUGGUCGAACAGUACCAACGGCUAGCCGGAAGACCAUAA